AUGGAAGCCGACGUCUAUUCGAUCGACAUCGAUGAUGAUGAUGACGACGAGGACGCUAGUAUAUUCAGCAUCGCCAAUGACUGCCACAGUGUGGACGAUGACGCCCUCACUGGUGAAGACAACGUUUUUUCAGCGGUGCACACGAAGCGCACUGCUGUUGACAAGGAUGUAUCAUCAGAGGAAUUUCUGCUGACUCGCGAAGCGGUUGUCCGCUUCGUUCAAGACUCUAUUGCAGAUGCGCUAGACAGACAGAAAUGA